AUGUGUAAAAUGUGGGAGAGAAUACGUUUCGGUGCCAGAUGGCGCGUUGCUGAAAGGACGGCACUAGCAAUAAGAGGAGUCGAUUUAAAAAACGUUAAAUCGAUUCACUUUUCAUUUGAUCCGUUCUACCAUGAUUGUCAUUCUUUAAGAACAUUUUGGUUUCUUAUUAGUUCACCGUAUGUUCGAAGGACAAAUCCUUCGACGAAAAUAGACUGCAACAUAAGGAAUGAUCGCCAACCACCGUAUUUAUGUGCAAAUUUAAGUGAUGGCAAGAAGUUGUUGUUUCGGACAAGUGGUAUGCAUGUUAUGGAUCUGGCGAUGACGUUUAACAGGUUGCUGGGAAAUCCAGAAUUUGGUAAAAGCGGUAUCAGACCUCUCCCUAAGAUUGAUUAA